CAUAUUCUUGAUAAUGCACACCAUACAAAUAAUUAUAAGAAUGGCUGUAGCUGCUUACCUGGAUAAGUACUUUGAAUGUGUCGAGUAUUUACCUCUGGAGAUCCAGCGAUGUCUAACUGAGCUCAGAGACACAGAAAUGGAGUCUAGAGUUACUUCUGUUUGUGCAGGUGCUGUAGAAGAUGUGAAGAGUCUCAAGACACUGUUGUCUGUGGCUGUGCACAAUAGUGGUGAUGAGGGGCAACAAGUUGUGUUGUUUAGAAGACUACAGAGCAAGCUUUUGCUCAUUAGAGAUUUGGGGAAUCGAAAGCUUCAAGUUUCUUCCCGAUUGCUGGAGACAGUGGACGAUUAUGAACAACAGCUGCUCCAGAAACAGAAAGCUGUCGAUAGCUCCUCAACAAUAGACGAAUUUUAUCAUGCUCAGAAAGUGUUGACGUCUGGCAAAGAACUGAGUGGAAUAAUCAGCUCUGCAAAGCGUUCCUCAGGUACUAAGAGAGUGCGUCCUGUUGAUCUGUGCAAUGAUGAGGACACUCCCAACAAUGCACGAUCUGCCAAGAAGAAGAUCAAGACCAUCAGGAAGAAGACUAGUACUGUUCCUGCUCCUACUCCUGGAGGGCUGGUGGCUAGUGUUGAUGAGUCUUCUCCACCGGUACCUGCUGUACCUAUGCCUGACCUCUCUUCACAACCUUUAGACCCCAAUGAACCAACCUACUGUCUAUGUCAGCAAGUUUCCUUUGGAGAGAUGAUCGGUUGUGACAAUGAUGAUUGUUCCAUUGAAUGGUUCCACUUCCAGUGUGUGAAUCUCACGUCCAAACCCAAGGGCAAGUGGUUCUGUCCACAGUGUGCACAAGGUCGCAGAGGCAGUAAACCAGUCAAUAGGCAGUCGUAGUAUCUCUAUCCUGUUGCAAUUGUCUCCUCAUAAUGAUAAUAAUUAAUUAUUAUUGUCAACAAAA